AUGCCAAAGCGGCCCUACACUUCUGGCGUCGGAGCGGCUGCUUCCGAUCGCCGAGAUGAAGCACGUCGCCGUCGAUUGAACGCUGAUAGCUCGUCCUCGGGGCCCUCUCAAUCACACAGCCAAGCAACUCCGAGCUCGCAGCAUCGUCCUCCGGAACAUGUGCAGGCCAUCCAUGACACCCUGAACUGGCUCAGCACCCAGCCCGACAUACUCGAGUCGGACGAUGAAGCCGAGGUCAUUGACCUUACCCAGGCCGAUCCUGGCCCUGUCCUCGAAUUCUAUGGACAUUUCGAUGGCAAGAUUGUCGGUGUGCGAUACUACAACGGCGUAGCCUCUCCCGGUGAAGUGGUUGUCUGCAAGAGAGAACCACAGAACCAGUACGACCCCAAUGCUAUUCGUGUAGAUAACGUGUUGGGCACACAGAUAGGUCAUAUCCCGAGGACCGUUGCUGCUAAGCUAGCCCCUUACAUGGACAACGGCGACCUUGUAGUUGAGGGCAUGCUUACUGGAGAGAAAGAAUUCUACGACUGCCCCGUUCGACUCUAUUUCUAUGGCACGAGCGCGCCACUUCAACGAGCCAGGCUCGAGGAACGGCUGAAAAAGGACAAACUCGUCAAAGCCACCCAACUCAACCAAACACGCAAAGCAAAUGAGGAGCAGAGAAAGAAACGGACACUUGAACUCAGGGGCAAUGGUACCUAUGGCUUCCCUAGCCAAACGCAAGAGCCGGAGCCCCAAGUUACAAUGGAACAGUUGGCCAAGAUGAGCGAGGUCACUAACUUCCGCUCCGGCGGUGAUAUGAUCAAGUCACUCGCCAUGAGUGAGGAGGACCUGGCCAACCUUCCAAUGGCUUCCCAGCCCGAAAAGUUGCGCGCAAAGUUGCUUCCCUAUCAGCUUCAAGGCCUUGCUUGGAUGAUCUCUAAAGAGAACCCUACAAUGCCUGCAAAGGGGUCUACCGACUCAGUACAGCUCUGGCAGCAUACCGCCGACGGCCGGUACUACAACAUGGCAACAGGCUUCUAUAACAAGUCUCCCCCACAGCUAAUGUCAGGCGCCAUAUGUGCCGAUGACAUGGGCCUCGGCAAAACUAUCCAGAUCAUCAGCCUCAUCAUGACCGAAGGCCUGGGUACUGGCCCUACCCUCAUCGUCGCCCCCGUUGGUGUGAUGAGCAACUGGAAGCAGCAGAUCAGACGCCAUGUUCACGAGGAACAUCAGCCAAAGAUCGUCAUAUAUCAUGGAAGUAAACGCAAAGAAUUUGCCAAAACGCUCCAAGACCAAAAUGUGGUGAUUACCAGCUACGGAACCUUGUCCGAUGACGCUCUAGUAAAGACUCGCUGGAGAAGAGUGGUUCUUGACGAAGGACACAGCAUUCGUAAUGCCAAAGCCCAAGUAGCUCAGAAUGCUUGCAAAUUGGAAGCCAAGUCCAGAUGGGUACUUAGCGGAACGCCAAUAAUCAACACGAUUCGUGAUCUCCAUUCGUUACUCAAGUUUCUCCGCAUAACAGGCGGAAUUGAACAGUCAGAAAUCUUCAACACUGUUCUCACAAGGCCACUUGCCAACGGGGAGCCCAAGGGUGAAGCUCUGUUGAAAAGUUUAAUGAAAGAUCUCUGCAUUCGCAGAAAGAAGGAUAUGAAGUUUGUUGAUUUGAAGCUUCCGGAGAAGACAGAACAUAUUUCUCGCAUCACCUUCUGGCCCGAUGAGCAGAAGAAGUACGAUGCUUUACUGUCUGAGGCACAGGGCGUUCUGGAAAACUACCGGACGCAGUCGAAGCGCUCACAGGGACAAUUUCAGGGUGUCCUGGAGAGACUGCUAAGGCUUCGACAAACUUGCAAUCACUGGGUGUUGUGCAAGAAGCGCAUCACAGAAGUUCUCGAGCUUCUCGCAGACAAAGAUGUGGUUGAUCUCACCGAUGAAAACCGCGCCAUUCUGCAACAGGCACUUCAACUCUACAUCGAGAGUCAAGAAGAGUGUCCUAUCUGCAUUGACCCGCUGAGCAACCCGAUCAUCACACAUUGCAAGCACGUCUUUUGUCGAGGUUGUAUUGACAAGGUCAUUGAAGUGCAGCAAAAGUGCCCCAUGUGCCGCGCUCCCCUCUCGGAAGACAAACUUCUUGAACCAGCGCCCGAGCACUCGGCCACUCAGGACGAAGAGGAACUUGAAUCUGAGACCAAGAGCUCCAAGACCGAAGCUGUGUUGGCGCUUGUCAAAGGCACCCUGGAUAAGGAGGGUUCCAAAAUUAUUAUCUUCAGUCAAUGGACCUCCUUCCUCACCAUCAUCCAACACCAGCUAGACGAAGCCGGGUACACUUACACCCGGAUCGACGGCAGCAUGAACGCCGCCCAGCGCGACGCCGCCAUCCGCGCCCUAGACUACGACCCCAACACGCGUAUCUUGCUCGCUAGCUUGGGCGUGUGCAGCGUGGGCUUGAAUUUGGUUUCAGCUGACACUGUCAUUCUUGCUGACAGCUGGUGGGCACCAGCCAUCGAGGAUCAAGCUGUCGACCGAGUCCAUCGGCUUGGUCAAACCAGGCCGACGACAGUGUGGAGGCUGGUAAUGGACAAUUCAAUUGAAGAACGUGUGCUUGAUAUUCAGAAGGAGAAGAGAGAGUUGGUUGGCAAGGCUUUCCAGGAAAAGCAAGAUGGUAAGAAGAAGGUCAAGGAGACGAGGAUGGCUGAUAUUAUGAAGCUGCUUUCUUAGUCUCUGGAAUAAGGACUGUGGAGUCUCAUGAGGAAAGAUUUAUGGUGGCUCAAUGGAUAGAGGAGCACCCGGAUAGCUGGCUUAACUUUGUAUUUGUGCGGGUUGUUUGG